AUGAUGGUGCUGCCGAUAUUUGGUCAAAGUCGCUUUCAUGGCUGCACGACGAGAAAAGAGUUGCAGAGGACAAUUCUCUGUGUGAUGCUGGACAGCAGGAUGAGCGCCCAUGUGAAUUUGGCAGUAGACACAUGUAAACUUGCUCAAUUCGACAACUUCGUAAACAGCAGCUACCACCUGGAUCAGUCUACUCAGUCGAAUGGCAUCAGCUCGCUGAGUGACUCUGCCAAGGAGGUCGUUGACAGGUUGUGGGUUGUAGACUCCAUCUCCAUCCAUUGCCGUGCAAUUGUCACAGAGUACUCCAUUCAUCAGGGCAGAGCAGCUGAUCACACUCAGGCUCAGUGUACUCAACAUCUCCUCGAUAGACGCUCAGAGCCACUGUUGGUAGUGCUGCCGAUGGGACAUGGAAAGUCCCUGAUCUAUCAGUUGCCAGUAUUUUGGGAGAGUGCCCAAGGUCUGAUCACAAUUGUCAUCGUGCCUCUCUUGUCGCUAGCUCAAGCUGCAUGUCACUCGGCAAAGAGUCUUGGUCUGCGGGCACACUUUAUCAACCCAAAAGAUCGCCGCCCUGGAGAUAGUAUGGAGACCUUGGAUGCAAACCUCUUGUUCUGCACAUACGACCUGCUCCUUUGCAGUGAGCCCAUGAGAAAGUGGAUCCACUUGCGAACCAAGGAUCGUCGCAUCUCACGAAUUGUCGUUGACGAGGUUCACACUAUCAUCACCGAAAAGGCCUUUCGUACAGUGUUUAUAAGUUUGGCCACCAUCCUCAAGGAUUUUUCUAUUCCAUUGGUCUUUCUGACUGGUACCCUCCCCUUGUCUGUCGAAUGGGACCUGAUCCAAGCAUUUUCCAACUGUGCUACCAUUCCUUCAGUCCGCCUACCUACCGACCGCCUAAAUCUCUCCUAUCAGGUAUCAAGCAUUACUGGCGAAGAGAAGAAUAUGCAAGAUAUCACCGACCUCUUUGAGCAAGAGAUUCGCCCUCGGCUUCGUGAAGACUACACUCGACGUGCCAUAUUUUUUGUCCAGACGGUUCCCCAAGCCCAUGCCUGGGCUGCACGCCUUCAUGCAGGA